GGCGCAGGACGCGUGAAGGACGCAUAAAAAGGAGCCCAGCUGCCUCUAUUGAAAGCCACAGCGCUGAAGCGUUCGGACUCCUCUUUUACAUCCAUGUGCGCGUUUUUUUCCUCCCCUGCGAACCUCGGAUGCUUUUAUUUCUUGCAGAAUCGGAGGCCCGUUUUCUACCAUGAUGCUCGGAUUUUGCGGGAGUUUUUGCCCCCAACUCUGGAUUAAGCCGGGAUUUCUGCGGCAAUAACUAAAGAGGAAACAAGAGCGACGCUCUUCAGCGGGAGUCGCAGGGAAGCUCGUUCAGUUUGCAGAAGAGCGAAAUGGAGCUGAUUCCUGCAGUGGUUCUUGUUGCUUUUCUAGUUUGGGUUGAAGGCUCAACUCUGCCUUACUCCAGUCACCGCUCUUUGAGGAAAACCUUCGGUCUGUCCUCCAAAGACUCCCUGUGUAACCACAUGCUGAAGCACCUCCACAACGGCGCCCGAAUCACCGCCCAGAUGCCUCCCAACGUGGAGGGCCACUGGGUCUCCACCAGCUGUGAGGUGAGACCCGGUCCAGAGUUUCUAACUCGCUCCUACAGGUUUUACCUCAACAACACCUUCCAGGCACACCAGUUCUACUACGAGGACAACCACUGCACCAAACCCUCCUACACGUUGAUCAUCCAUGGUCGGCUGCGCCUGCGCCAGACCUCCUGGAUAGUCCGGGGCGGCACGGAGGCAGAGUACCACCUCCACCAGGUCCAGACGGUGUCUCACACAGCCGCCAAGGCCGAAGAGCUGAGCCAGAGGCUCGGCCGCAGUUGCAGAGGGGCUACGAAGGGCCCCUGGGAGCCCGACAGGAUCUACGAGCUGUGGCACGAAGAGGGAGGCUACGACUGCUCCAGAGAGCUCAACUUCACCAUGCACGAGCUGCAGCUGCUGCGGCUGGAGAAGCAGUACCUGCAUCACAACCUGGAUCACCUGGUGGAGGAGCUGUUCCUGGGAGACAUCCACACCGACGCGACGCAGAGGCUCUACUACAAACCCUCCAGCUACCAGAUCCCCCUGCAGAACGCCAAGAACCACGACCACGGCUGCAUCGUCUGCCGGAUCAUCUACCGGUCGGACGAGUUCCACCCGCCCGUCCUGCCGCCGGGGGCCGACCUGACCGUGGGCCUGUACGGCCAGUGGGUGAGCCAGCGCUGCGAGGUGCGCCCCGAGGUCCUCUUCCUCACCCGCCACUUCGUCUUCCACGACAGCAACCACACCUGGGAGGGCCACUACUACCACUACUCCGACCCCCACUGCAAACACCCCACCUUCACCAUCUACGCCCAGGGCCGCUACAGCCGAGGCCUGCCCUCCACCCGGGUCAUGGGAGGGACCGACUUUGUCUUCAAAGUGAACCACAUGAGAGUGACGCCCAUGGACGUGGCCACCACCUCCCUCCUCAACGUCUUCAACGGCGACGAGUGCGGCGUGCAGGGCUCGUGGCAGGUCGGCGUGGAGCAGGACGUCACGGCGACCGACGGCUGCGUGGCCCUGGGCAUCCGGCUGCCCCACACCGAGUACGAGCUCUUCCGCAUGGAGCAGGACGCCCACGGCCGCUACCUGCUCUACAACGGCCAGCGGCCCAGCGACGGCACCAGCCCGGACCGCCCGGACAAGAGAGCCAGCUCCUACCAGAUGCCCCUGGUCCAGUGCUCGUCCAGCAGCCAGCGGUCCGAUGGCGGCCGGGGGGACGGCGACGCGGACCGCUCUCUCCUGUUCCACAACGAGGCGUCGGGGCGGCGCGGCGGCGGCAGCAGACGCGCCACCGCCGCCGCGCUGCUCGUCGCUGCUCUGCUGCGACUGUGUCAGAGUUAGGCAGCUGUUUGGGCUUUUUUCGUUCCACGCAACCUUCAAUCGGCGAGGGUAAGCGAGGAAACAAAGUACUGAAAUGUAAAACUGUUGGUGUCUAAAGGAGGGCGAGAACUGAAUUCCUCUCCAGCGACCAAAGACUCGAACGCUGCUGCACCGCAGGAACUGCACUUUAGAGUGGAGCCACUGGUCUGUGGGUCCACAGCUACAUGGAAAACUCUUUAUACCUACACACAUCUGAGAUUAUGUUUCCCUUUUCUGCAUCGUCUUUAAUGUUUUUGACAACUCUGUCUUCUGGGGGGAAAACUCCUGGGCUACUGUUGACUGUAACGUGGCCCGCAGACCUUUUUUUUACACGUACACGUCUAAAGUGUUGCUUUUAGUCAUUCAAUGCAAACAGUGAAACUAAUGGAUUCAUUACACACUGAAGGAAAAUGUUCAUGCAUUUAUUUCUGUUGAUUUAGAGGACUAUGGUUUACAGCUAAUGAAAACGCAAAACUCUUGUCUCAGAAAGUUAGGGUUGGCCUCUAGGGUCGUAUAUCACCAGCUAACUUUUGUAUUAUUCAAGUUUAAACCUCUUUUUAACGAGGAAGAGACUCACCGAGUUAACAAAUCUCAGGCAGGCACACUAAAAUGCUCCUGCAGUUGGAAAGCGCAGUUUUUCCUUCCACUAAACCUUCGAUUCAGAGCAUGCUAGGAUGCAGCCAUCUGAACGGAACCAAGUUUUCCUAUAUUGUGGUUGACUGAAAUAUGAAGUCAUCCAUUGAAAAGUCUGGAGAAGUUCAGGGAAAAAGGGAAAAUUGAGUAGGAAAAAUGGUAGAAUUCCCACACUAAUGCACAUUUUACAAACUAAAAGAUCAAAUUCUGAAUUUCUUUUUUUACAUUUUUAAAUAUUUUGCAUGCUGUAUGUCAGUGCCUAAAGAAACCACCAGAACAAGGUCACAACACCUAAAACGAGACCCAGUAGACGCCUCUUCUCUACGACCAGGCCUUGAGAUCCUGUCUAUGAACUCCACUAACAGGAUCAGCCCUGGAGGAGUCCACCGCCACUGGGAACAGGCUCACCUUUGUGCCCCGAACGUUGGAGCCUCUUCUCAAACACUCUGGAGUAAGCUUUCCCAGGGAAGCAGAGAAGUGUCAUCCAUAACUGGAAAACUCUUCCUUGUCCCUUUUCCAAAAAA